GAUAGCGUCCGGUGUGAAAGCUGACCCCUCCUCCAUCUCCCCUUCGCCUCCUCCUCCAUCCACUCCUCCUUGUCCCCUCUUCUCAUUCUCGCCUCCCCUCCGCUGCUAUCCGGUCGCUGCAGCCAGCCCUCUUGUGCCCCGUCCCUUGCUUUCUGCCCUCGACAACCUCUCCUACCCCUGCCCCCCCCCCCAUAGUCUCUCUCUCUCCUACCCACACCCGCUAUCCACCCUCCCAAGUGUUUGUCUCCUCGCUUUGCGGUCUUGUGCCGCUCUUGGCGUUCACCGACUGGGUGUGGUGGUCCACACUGACAGCUGCUGCUGCUGGCUGCUACCCGGGCACUCACUGGCUUGCAGUAUUUGUUCUUGAGUAGGCUUGCUUAUCUUAUAGUUGGGAUGGGUAAUGCUGCACGGGUACGGCCGUAUAGCAUCGCCGUUUAAUCGGGUGGGGUGUGUUGAUGAAUGUACGUCUAGUUUUUUGUUUUAAAAAAACCAACGGCUCUUCUUGUGCGUUUUGUAUUGUUUUUGUUGUGUGUGUGUGCCGAUGUCUCAUUUAAUAACUCUUAACAUCGUGAAGGCGUGGGGCAAUUGAUAACGGAUGGAGUGGGACAACGAUAGCAGCAAUAAUGUGUCCCCUUUUAAACAAAGAGUGCAACCGCCAACCCAUUUAGGGCAGUGUUGUGAAAUGUAUCCGAUUAUAACCCUCCCCCCACCGCCUCGGUCUGAAAACAGCUGCGAUUAAUCCUCUAAGAGCUGUGCUGUUCUGUGCGCAGAUUUCUCCCUGAAAAUACCGCAGUGUAAAAAGCCUCGUUUGGGCGUUUGGCACGAGAGGACUUUUUUACGUUUUGGGUGGCUCUGGUCUCAAAGCCGGCCUCGACGAAUUAUAUUAUUUUGCAGUGCUGUGGGUGAAUCUGUGGUUAAAUGUGGAUCCAGUUUGGUUAAGCAGUGUCAUGCUUUUGCGGCGGAUGGAUUUUGCUUAACCCCACCAAAGUUGGGUGGUAUUGAGUUAAGCUGAGUUCAGACAAAGCUGGACUGUGUUGAGCUAAAUCCAUGCUUUUUUAAAAAACUGAGCUAAGCUUAGCUGUUUUAGAGGGGCUGGUUCAGACUUGUGCUGGAUUUAGCUGGGCAGAGUUUGGGUAAUCCGGGCUAAAUGGUGUUGGGCUUAGCUUACCUGGGCUGAGUUUAAAUCGAGCUGAUGUGGCAUUAACGUUGGCUGGGCUGGGUUAUGCUACUUUUGCCUGGGCUCAGCUUAACUUUGCUGAGCUGGGCUAAAUUCAGCUUGGCUGGACUUGAGUUUAGGUUUAGCUUGGCUGAGAUAAACUUGAGCUGGGUUUAACUGAACUUUGCCGAGCCGGACUAAGUUCAACCGGGCUGGACCCUCAACCGAGGUUGAGCUGGACUGAGCUAAAUUCCUGAGGCUCCAUCCCUGGGCUGGGAAGACGAGGAGCGAGGGCACCAUGUACACGUUUGUGCUGCGGGAUGAGAACAGCACCGUCUACGCAGCCGUGGCCAAGCUGCUGCAGAAGUCGGGCCACUGGAAGCGGCUGCAUCGGGACAGUCCGCGCUUCAAUCUCAUGCUGGGAGAGCGCAACCGCCUGCCCUACGGCCGCCUGGGGCAUGAGCCAGGGUUGAUGCAGCUUGUUAAUUACUACCGAGGCUCCGACAAAUUGUGUCGCAAGGCAUCCCUUGUCAAGCUGAUGAAGGCGUCCUCGUCGCCCUCCUGCAAGCCGGCGUCGUGGCUCCCAGAGUCCUACGUCAUCUUCCCGCUGAGUCCCAGGCCCAGCCGACGGCUUAGUCCCGGUUCGAGUCCCGGGUCCAGCCCCAGGUCCAGCCCGGGUCUAAGCCCAGGCAGGACAAAGCCACAGGCACCCGGGCCAGGUUCUGGCCGUGGCGGUGGGAGUGGCGGUGGCUUUCGGGAGCUGGCAGAGGCGCGCAGGCGGCACGCCGAGCGGCAGGCGGAUGAGCGCGAGGCCUUCCUCGUCUGCUUCCGCCAGCGAGCGCAGAAUCAGCAGGGCAACGUGUGGAUCGCCAAGUCAUCUGCCGGAGCCAAGGGCGAAGGUAUCUUCAUCUCGUCAGAUGCGGACGAGCUGCUGACGUUUGUGGAUGAGCAGAGCCAGGUGCACGUGCUGCAGAAAUACAUCGAGGAGCCCAUGCUGCUCGAACCUGGCCACCGCAAGUUCGACAUCCGGUGCUGGGUGCUUCUUGACCCUCAGUACCGCAUCCACCUCUACCGUGAAGGCGUUCUUCGCACCUCAUCCGACCCCUACGACCCCAGUGACCUCGGCCACACGACCAGCCACCUGACCAACCACUGCCUGCAGGAGGCUCUGUCGGGGAACUACGGGCGCUACGAGGAAGGGAACGAGAUGUUCUUCCCAGCCUUUGAGGACUACCUGCGCAGCACGCACGCCGUCGGCCUAGAGGACUCCAUCCUGCCUCAGAUCAAGCACAUCAUCAGGGAGUGUCUGCUGAGCGUGGAGGCGGAGGUGAGCACGCACGACCUCUCCUACCGCAGCUUCCAACUCUUCGGCUUCGACUUCAUGGUGGACGCCGCGUGGCGCGUGUGGCUCGUUGAGGUGAACGGGGCCCCUGCCUGCGCACAGAAGCUGUACGACGAGCUCUGUCAGGGCAUCAUUGACGUGGCCAUCUCGCCCACGUUCCCGCUCACCGCGGCGGUGUCCGGCGCCUCCGUGUUUGUGCAGCUCUAGCCGACGGACUCAAAGCACGCGGUCCCUCCCUUCCGCCCUCCGCCCACCUCCCCACAGCUUCAUUUCAUCUCACCGUUCCAUUAAGCACUAUUGUAAUGAUCCAGUCGUAAGCAAGCCUCUUCCCUAUCAAACUACUUCUCCGCAAAUUGCACGCCCCUGUCCUGUCCUUUCUCCAUCGCCGUCAUCACCACCAUCAUCCUCGUCGUCGUCACAACGAAGGUCUCGAUGCACGACCUCUCAGAAUCCCUGUUGAGGAGUCGCUGCACUCGGGGAUGUUUGACGAAUUCCUUGUGGAGUGUCGGGGGGUGGUGGAACCUCGUGUGCGUGAAGGGUAGCCUUUAAAAAAAAUCCGCACAACUAAGUUGGACAACCUACCUGCUUGCACUGCCUUCUACGUGCCACCUCGUGUCACUCCGGAGUUAAAGUGUUAGAGCACGAGAUAAUCUCUGCGCGGGUCGCCAACCCUCGCCUCCAAAGCCCCAGAUGACGCCCGUCUGCCUCCACACCCGGCUACUUACCUGCAGCGAGUGCAGAUUUACAUGCACAGGCGGCACCCCCCCCCCACACCCCCCCCCAGAGUUACGCAACAUCAUCACUAUACUAUUGCGAAAUAUAACAGCGUCUGGACGCGCGCGAGUGUCUGGUGCGGGAAGCUGUUAACGCGCCUCCCUAUGAACCUGGCGCCCCAUGUUCGAUUCUUAAACCAUGGCUAACAUUGGUAUUAUUUGAACCCCGAUUGACUCGGCCUUACGUGGGUAUCUGGUGCGAUGUGUGAACAUCAGCGCUGGGGAGACAACGGUGGAUGGGCGUGGUGCUGGUCACACCAUCUCGUGCGCCGUAAUGCCCUUCACUUGCCCCAUCGGCCUUUGUAGGUUAGAACACUAACCUUUGUCUUUGGGGUGAAUGAGCAUAGUGGUGGUGGAAUGGUUACCUCGCUGCACUUACGAACAACGGUAAUCUUGAGUUUGAUUCCCGGGCCACGACUAACACGAGCGCGCACGCGAUUGAUAAACUAGCUCAGAUUUGGCGACGACACGGUCGUUGUACCGUCCGAAGGGAAUGAACUGCGGGAAAUGUUAGAGCAGAAUAAAGAGAGUGGAAGGCUGCAAGGCUAGGCUCGGGAUGAACGUGAGCAAGGCAACGGUCACGUACAAGUUUCCUAAAGAUCGCCGAACGAGUUGACCUGUUUUGACGAGGAGAGCAAUGAACGAUGUGGUGGACGUGGCUGAUGGUGGAGGGGUAGACCGUGCGUGGUCGAGUAGAGAGAAGUUUUCCUUUUCAUCCAAUGCCUUAAGUCACAAUUGGCUAGGCUUGGUAGCCAACAUGCUGCCUAGCCCCCCCCCCCCCCCCAAAGACUCGUACUAGCAGUCACAGUAGUAAACAUUCCUCUUCCAAGUCGCGCGAACACUUUCACUGAGCGACUCGCAAACCCCCCCCCGCCACUUCCCAGGGUCGCACCCUUCCGAGACAACGCGCACGCUACAAAUACUGGGGGCCACGAGUGGAGAAACGGUGCUGUCCGCUCAACUUGCACGUGGAGUGCAACGCUUUGCAGUGUGCAACGUUUGACGCCGAACUUUAUUUAUACUCCUACGUGCGAACUCGGGCAAGGUAGUCGCUCAGGUCCGGCCGCGUGAACAGGGUUUGUCCAAAAACGUGCGCGCGGCUGUAUCCACGUCCGCGCCUGGCCAUUUCCGAUUGUGCGAACACCUUCAGAGGAGGGAGAGGAGAAGGACGACAGGCGACGCACAAAUACUGGCGCUGGGCGAGGGGCAGCUGAUGGGUCGGGGGCGGAUAUGCGAGUGUUGCAAUCUUCCUCGCUGUUGCUGUUACUGCUGUUACUGCUGCAUGCAAUGUGCGCUGCAGCCCGAGUGCUUUCUGUCAAAAGGGCUGUGGCUAAAUCCUUUAAUGCCACCGUGUUAAGCCUUCCGGUGGUGACGUUUUGCACGUUGAAUUUACACGGCAAGAGGAAAUUGGGCUGACGCUGUAAAUGCGCCCAAGAAGUCGCUGCGCUUCUGAGCAAUCGUGUUUUAAAAAAAAAAAAGUAACUUAGUUCACACAAAUUUCACGUUUUUUUUAGUGUUACCCAUAUUUUUUUUGUGUACAUUUCAAUUUCGCAUAACCGGGCAGUGAAGAGCCGCUCGCGUCGAGUGCUUCGUGUAUUGGAGACGUCAGUUUUGGAGGGUUUUUCGGCGGCUCUCCAAGCGUGGCCGUCCGCUCUAACGACGCGCUCCUUGAAGACCCUGCGCGGUGCAUCGUUUCCGAAAAGCAGAGGGGCGACAACGUGGAUUUGGCUCGCCGGGUUUUAAAGGAAUUUUUUUAAACCGCACGUGACGGUUCGCGAACCAUCACGAUUCGGUUCACGCAUCGACGCUUUGUGGCCCCCUUUGGCUGCAGCAUUUUUAGAAUGAACGAGUCUCACACCCGCCGCAGGACCACGUAACGACUCGAUGUCCGAUCCGCAAACACGAAGGGUGGCAUCAUGGUCAUCGCAGUGAUGCGCCACUCCACCAGGCGCAAUUAUCUGGCUCGGCUACUUAGAUGUAAAAUUAUAGUUGUUGCUCGAUAACAACAGCCAUACAAAGAAAAUACUUUUUUCGCACCGUACUUAGCCAACCGUGCUAAUCGGAGGUGUGGGGAAAGGACAAUAAACUAAGGACAACAUAAAGUAACAUGCACAAAUCGAAAAUAGUGAAUUAUCGUUGUGCCCGAAAGUGACCCACACCAAAGUCGAUAAUAUCAAGGGUUAAUAGUAGUGGUCGUAUUGCUAAGCUUCCAGAGUUAAGGGAGUUGGGGUAAGUGGACUCUCUGCCGAGUUUGUGAAUUUUCUCUGCUAAAGCUACCGCCAAGGGUCGCUAUUUGCAAGCCAGGCAACGAAUCGCCAACUCGUGAAACGGGGACGCCACCCACUAAACAAACAGCCGGUUAGGUAGUUAGGCACCCUUAAGGGUCAGGGGUGGGCAACCUGUGGCUCUAAGGACUGCUUCGUGAGGUUAUUUAUUAAGGGCCGUCUCGUAUUCAUGUGCAUUGACUGCUCUUGAAAUGUUUUUUUUACCGAAUUCGAAAAAAAUAUGUUCUUGUUAUUUUACCUGCCGACCCCUGUGCCCUGGACUGCCCGCCAUGGGUUUUGUGAAUGGUUAAAAAAAUUGUGCAUCGUUGUAAUCGCUCGACUUCGCCGACGGCACUGCCAUGCCUCUUUUUCUACGUCAAUGCGGCAACACCACGGGGGGGGGGGCGCCUGACCUGCCCUGGCUAUUUUUCCCCCCACUCGUGGGAUCGGCUGCCUUCCUUGUCCUCUUCCGCUGGGAAGAGAACCGGGAAGGCACCAGUUUGAAACACCUCUCGUGCUGCCUCUCAGCUCUCCUCCACCUCGGUGCAUCCAUGCUCCACCACCUUUCUGCUUCCACCGUGGUUUUCCUCCCCAAUUUUUGUUUUACGUCACAUCCCGCACCUCGGAUUAGCAUGGUCGGCAAAAAAAAGUUCCAACAUACACACAUAUAUGUAUUGAACAUACAUACAUGUUUUUUUUAACUUUUCGCACCAAACGUAGCCAACCGUGCUAAUCAGAAGUGCGGGAAAUCGUACAUACAUCCUAGCCGUCGGAGUCGACUUUUUGUCAGAUUGUUCUGACAUGGGGUAUCGCUCUUGCCUUCUUCCUCGUCUAUCAAUUUCUGGCUCGAUAUCCACUCUUGCAGCGCCUGAGCAGGAUGCGUCCACAAGAGCUGCUUCCUUGGGUUGCAUCUUCCUUUCAGCGUCGUGCAAAGACGUCGAUAAUGCAGCGAUCGCUUUUGAGGUUGUCGGCCCCCGACAGCCAAAAACUUGGCAGGACCCUUCUGGAAAAGAAAAUAAAGAGUCGAGACUCGCUGAAACUUGGCCGAGUAAACUAGCGCGAUAAGGAUAUGCAACCCAGCAAAGCGAACAGCUCCUGCGGGAAUGCAACAAAGCCGUAUGUCCCGGGCUGUCUGGCACAACGGUUUAAGCUUGACUCCAUAGCGCUUGUGACGUGACAGCGGUGUGAUGUAUGUAAUUUUGUAUUAUAACUUCACUGCAGUGAUGUCGCUCCAGUGUGUGUCCAAAGUGAACGUCGUCAUUUAACAAACGCCCAGCCCCAGUCUCGGACUGUCCACAACAUUGGGGUAGAGGAACGUGGAACAAGAGCCAUUUGUGUUUUUUUUCCCCAUUGUCUUUUGAACAUGUGUGGAACUCAUAAGUUAUUGUUUGUGUUUUAACUUAUUACUAUUAUCCUUACAUUUGAUUUCCUGUUGAAGAGUGCAGAAUGAAAUCAAUCCCUUUUUGGAAAAUGUAAAGCCGUCUUAUAUCUCGUUUUACACGACCCGAGGUUGGGUGGAACGGUGGCAGAGUUGUUCGUGCACAGUGCCGCGAACCUGUUUGUCCACGUUCGAUCCCAGGUCGCAGCUCACAUCGGUGGCAUCUGAAAUCUUACAUGGCCCUGUGCACCCCCCUCACCCCCACUUUGCCAAUCCACCCUGACCGUCAUGGUGAAGUAUGGUGAAACCACCACGACGGACACGAUGUGUGGAGGCCUUUGUCCAGUGGGUGAUUUAACACAGGGCUGUACAUUUGAUGGUGGCUCCACAACUACAAAUAUUUUAAACCAUCUGACGUGACGAUCCAUUGAAGCUUCAUCUGAAAAAUGCUGUUGUGAACGCAUGUAAAACAAUGCCUUUUUAAACGCAGGAACAAAUAAACUCAAUGGAAGGAAAUAAUCGU